UAGAUGGAAAUUCUUUCAAAGAACCAAACAAGAUAUCAUGCCCAAAGGAAAAACUUCAAAUAAAUCUAAAGCUAACAAAGGCCUUGGAGAUGGAGUAGUUGAAGAACCUCCAGGUGCAGCAGCAUGGGGAGCAUGGUUUAGACCUACUCCACCAUUGCAGAGUGCACCUUUGACGAACCAUUCGAUUGAUUCACAAACUGCAUCAACAGAGGUUCCAGAGACCCAAAAUCCAGAUAUUGGCUUGGCAGAAACUGAGGAUGCUUUUACCCAUGAUGCAGUAGCAAGGAAACAUUUAAGAGGUCCAAAUAAAGUAAUACCUACACCAACAAAUGCUAAUGAUCUAGUCUUCAUUACUACCUUACAUGAUGAGUAUGUUCGUUUAGAAUUCUUUGUUUUUAUGCUAAAACUGUGUAACUAAUAUA